GUGCCAUUGGGUGAGUUGCACCCAUGUGAGCCUGAUCCCAUCAAGCACCAGAACACCGCCUUCUCUCCAGAAGGUUCAGGCCUCUCCCACCCAUUGUUGCAGGCUGCCACUGCCCUUUUUCCCCUGAGUUCACCUACUCCCAGACUGCGUAUCCAUGGCAUUGUGUGAUGUGGUCUUUGUGGAAGGCUUCUUUUAGUCCAUGCAAUGUUGUCAAGACCCAUCCGUGUUUUAUGUAUACAGUGCACUACUUUUUAUGACUGCAUAGUGUUCCACUGUUGACUGUACCACUUUUUGCGUCCUCCUGGACGUGGACAUCUAGGCUGUUUGCAGCCUUUGACUGUUGUUGUGAAGUAAGUUGCUCUGAACACUCCUGUACAAGUCUUCCUGUGGGCGUGUGUGCUAACGUUUCUUGGGUGAAAUACGUAAGCAUGGAGUUGUGAGUCAUGGGGUGGACAUGCAUCUGUCUAAUGAGCAAGUGCCACCCCUUUCCUUCACGUGGUUGAACCAUUUGCACUCCCAUCAACACCGGGUGAGAGUUCCCGUUUGCUCUGCAUCCUCACAUGCUCGCCACCAUUUAGCAUUGGCAGUCUCUUUAAUUUUAGCCAUUCCGGUGGGUGAGAACUGGUAUUGCAUGAUUUUAAUCUGCGAUUCCUGGUGACUAAUGAGGUUGCACACAGAGCUCUUUUCAAAAUGUGUUUGUUUUAAGGAGUGGUGUGGGGUAAAUAGCAGCUACUUGAUGGGGUACUGGAAAUUCUUCAUUCGUUCACUCGGUCUUCUGAUUAGCUUGAGUUUCAGAGCUGUCAGCUGUGUGGGUUGUGACCCCCCUUCCUGUAUCAACCAUCCUGUGAAGAACGCUUGUUCUCAGAACACCAACAAGACCUGUGAAGAGUGCCUGAAAAACGUCUCUUGUCUUUGGUGUAACACUAAUAAGGCAUGCUUGGACUACCCAGUGACAAAGAUCCUGCCUCCUGGUUCUCUUUGUAAGCUGAGUUCUGCACGCUGGGGUGUUUGCUGGGUGAACUUCGAGGCGUUGAUUAUCACCAUGUCGGUGUUGGGGGGAGCCAUCCUCCUUGGCGUCGCUGUCUGCUGCUGCUGCUGCUGCCGGAGGAAGAAGAGCCGGAAGCCCGACAAAAGUGAGGAGAAGGCCAUGAGGGAGCGAGAGGAGAGGAGGAUACGGCAGGAGGAAAGGAGAGCAGAGAUGAAGUCAAGACAUGAUGAAAUCAGAAAAAAAUAUGGUUUGUUUAAAGAAGAAAACCCAUACGCCAGAUUUGAGAACAACUAGAGCGCACUUCGCGGCACCCCGAGCGCUCCGAAGCCGCGGCUCGGGGCGGUGGGCCUGGCGGAAGCAGCCCAAAGCAGCGUCCUGCUCAGUCUCUCGGCCCCUGAGCUUCUGCCCCUGUCCUCUCUGGUUCUCGAUUUAGUCACUGAGACACGGAGCCUGUCGGGGUUUCGGUUUUUGUUUCUGUUUUUAAUUUGAGGAGGAAACGUGCACAUUCCGCUACCCUGCUCCGGUGGUGAGCUAGCGACAGCCUGACAGUGCCGGUGCCCGGCCGGCCCCUUCUCCGUCCUCCUGUUGCAGCCGCGGAAGCCUGCCUUCCUCUCAGCCCGCCGCAUGCUUCACCAGCAGUGACGGAAGGUCGUCUUUACUUUUGUCAGAGCACGGACCAGCCCCUCGUCACCUCCCGUAAAACCACGGGCAGCCUCUGUGCAUAGCCUCCCGCGAGUUAGUUUAGCCAGCCCCGUCGAGCACGUGUCCAGACGGUCUGAGCAGGUUUCCUUCCUGACCUUGGGUGCACCGAGUAGCACUGUAGAGUAGUUAAAGUCACCUUAAAUCUUUUUUUUCCUUGUAAUAAUUCUUUGACUUUAUUCCCCCACCUAAAAGAUUUCACCAAAAAGCUUUACUGUCAAAUUUCAGACCACUUGCUGGAUGAUUUUUUAAUUUGUAUGUUUAUUAGAAUGUCAAUAUUUUUUCCCAGCGGAAACUUGAAUGAUAGAUGAAGUUUUACAGCAGCGUCCCUCAGGCGUGGUUGGUGGCAGCGUGUGCCGGCGGUGGGCUGGGGAGGCUGUGACUACCCUGCUCGUUCUGCUCAGCCCCUUUGACAGUCGCUGUUGGGGCCCAGAUUGGAGUGCUCUCCUGAGUCUGAGACUCUCCCUGCCUGUCAGGCUGUCUGCUAGGUGGUCAUUUAGGAGUUGAGAGUGACCACAGGUCUGCCCUCAGGAAGCAGAAGGGACCGUGUGCUGGCCAGCGUCCCUGCGGGGCUCCGCACUCAGGAGGCUGAAGGGGUUUCCCCACGCCACACGGAGCCCCGGCGGUCCUGCUUGGGAGCCGACUCCCAGCCCCCAGCCACGCCGCUUUGGCUCGGGCCUGUUUUGAGGAUUCCCUCCAGGGCGGCUUCUCACACGGUUGGUCCGGGGCCUCCAGGAGCCCUGUGGUGCCAUAUGUGGUGGUUCCAUUUCUUCUCGAUCAAACUACGUGCUCAGGAAACAGACCAAGCAUCUCCUGGCAGGGGCAGCAGCAGACAAUGAAGUAAUUGUGUCAUAGCCUUUCUUGCAUCUGAAAAUAGUUCCAGUGGCCAGAUUGCUUUGGAUCAGAACCACAUUUAGCUUGGGGAAGGUAGGUCAGCAGGCACAUAAAGCGAGUGACGUCCAUUCCGUUUUCUCCUCGUACACCUCACUGUGGAGACAGUGCUCUUAAGAUCAAAGUUCACGUGCAGAUCAACAUCAUCAAGAUGCCUUGAUGCACCUUUUUACCCACGUGAUCUGUGCUGUGAAUUAACAUUUCUACCCUGAAAUUUUCACUAAUUAAGAAACUAAUCUUGAGCACGUUGUUUAGUCUUAUUCUCUGACUUCUUGGGCAUUUGAUGGCAAAGUAUUAUGAACCCUUCUCGGUAUUUUCUAGCAGCCUGCACGUUCUGACUUUCUACUGUUGAUUCAGAAAAGCAGUUUUGUCCUGGACUUCAGCGAGCUUUGUAUUAAUACGGUAGGUAGUGUGGGUGUGAAAUCACACUGCUGCUGGAAUCAAGGUUGCUGAGCUGGAAGUGGGGCGAGGACGCGUUAGAUAGGAGCCUUCAGCCCUGUCACACAGUCUAGAGCCCGAGCCGGGGCGUCCGCAGGGCCAUCUCAGGCCAGUUGCUUUUUCCUGAAAUAGUACUAAGAACAGCCAAAAAUUGUAGCCUCAAGGAAACCAUGAAGUUUCGAGUGCCUUACUUUUUAACCAGUUUCCAAUAAAUGGUUUAAUACUUGCUUUGUUGAA